GUUUGUGAGAAGCACAGGCACCUCAACCACAAGAGGAUCAGCGUGCUCAGGUGACGCUGCCUUCCCCUGGGCACCUUAGGGAGAUUGCGAUUGACUGAGCAAGAAGAGCUGCAGCAGUUACGAGCCUCAAGUCAUCUUUUGUAAGUUAACCGGAACAAGAAGAAUGUUCUUUUUGGUGUUGAUCUUCCUCAUCCUCUGUGCUUUCCUGUGGAAUUACAAAGAACAACUGCAGAUUGCAGACAUCACUGAGAAGUAUAUUUUCAUCACCGGAUGUGACACUGGAUUCGGAAACUUAGCAGCUAAAACUUUUGAUAAAAAGGGGUUUCGUGUAAUUGCUGCCUGUCUAACUGAAUCGGGAUCAACCGCUUUGAAAGCAGAAACUUCCGAGAGACUCCACACUGUGCUUCUGGAUGUAACUGACCCAGAGAAAGUCAAGAGCACCGCCCAGUGGGUGAAAAAUCAUGUUGGGGAAAAAGGUCUGUGGGGUCUGAUCAAUAAUGCCGGCAUUCUUGGUGUGCUGGCUCCCACCGACUGGCUGACCGUGGAGGACUACAGAGAACCCAUUGAAGUGAACCUGUUUGGACUCAUCAGUGUGACAUUAAAUAUGCUUCCUUUGGUCAAAAAAGCUCAAGGGAGGAUUGUCAAUGUCUCCAGCAUUGCAGGUCGUCUCGCAUUUGGUGGAGGGGGCUACACUCUAUCCAAAUACGCAGUGGAAGGCUUCAAUGACAGCUUAAGACGGGACAUGAAGGCUUUUGGUGUGCACGUCUCAUGCAUUGAACCAGGAUUGUUCAAAACACAUUUGUCAGAUCCAAUAAAGACAACUGAAAAGAAGUUUGCCAUUUGGAAACAUCUGUCUCCAGACAUCAGACAGCAAUAUGGAGAAGGAUACAUUGAAAAAUGUGAGUUGCAGGGUGGAGCCCGUGCCCUCGGGGGCAUUGUCUGGGGCCACUCUCCUAGCCAGCAGGAAGGAGACCCAACCAUAAAUUAA